CGUGUAUUAAUAGAAUCGGCCGGGUUAAAGACUUUUUACACUGGAGACGGGAGGACAGGACAGGGAGAGAAGCAGAGAGAAGGAAUUCCCGCACUGUGUUAAAAAUGGAAGUCCUUGCGGCCCUGAAUCUGGGCGAUUUUGCUCAAUAUUUUUCUAAAAUGUCAAUGUUCCCCCUGUUUGACUUGGCUUAUUACAUCGUCUCCAUCCUCUACCUGAAGUAUGAACCAGGGGCGGUGGAGGUAUCCCGUCGCAGCCCCGUCGCCUCCUGGUUCUGUGCCAUGCUUUACUGCUUUGCAAGUUACGUUCUUGCUGAUGUUCUGCUGGGAAAUUCUCCCAUCGACUACUUCAACAACAACUCCCAUGUGCUGCUGGCCUCUGCUGUGUGGUACCUCAUCUUCUUCUGCCCUCUGAACCUGUUCUACAAGUGCGUGGCCUUCCUGCCCGUCAAGCUGAUCCUGGUGGCCAUGAAGGAAGUGGUGCGCGUGCGCAAGAUAGCAGCCGGAAUCCACCACGCCCACCAUGCCUACCACAACGGCUGGGUCAUCAUGGUACUCACAGGAUGGGUCAAAGGUUCUGGGGUGGCUCUGAUGGCUAACUUUGAGCAGCUCUUACGAGGGGUCUGGAAACCAGAGACCAAUGAGAUUAUGAACAUGUCAUUCCCCACUAAGGCCAGCCUGUACGGUGCCAUUGUGUUCACUCUGCAGCAGACACACUGGCUGCCUGUCUCCAAGAACACCCUCAUCCUCCUCUUCACUCUCUUCAUGGCAGCUUCAAAGGUUUUCAUGACAGCCACACACUCCCACAGCUCCCCCUUCACGCUGGUGGAGUCCAUGCUCUGCAAGGUCCUCUUCAGCUCCACAGCUGGUUCCGCUCCCCAUGACAGCCAUGCAGUCUCCCACGAUGCCCCUCCCUCUCCCGCCAAGAGCAAAGAGGAGCUGAACGAGGGAGCGCGCAAGAGGAAGGCAAAGAAAGCAGAAUAAACAAGCCCUGGAAUAUCACACAGAAACCUCUGUAGGCACAGGGUGAAUCGGAAUUCAACAUUGUUGUUUUGGGUUGUUUCUACUUAAAUGCUGACAUUAUUGAACACCCCCCUGGUGGCCAAACAGUGCAUCACAGCGCCUGUCUCCUUUGCAUACAUCCUCCACGGGCCCUGCAGUUUCUGCAAUGCUCUGACAAUGUUGUGUAAAUUAGGAAUCACCCUGUAUAUAUCUUAUCAUAAAAAAAAAUAAUAAUAAGACACUGUAAUGGCUAAUUCAAAUUGGUAUGGUUAGAUUUAAACACAAUCCCUACAAAAUUGUAAACUUUUGAUAUAAAUCAGUCAUUUAGAGUUACCUUACUGAGUUGUUUGGUUCUAGUGCCGUUAAAUAUAUAAGUGGUGGUCUUGUCAAUAAAAUUCUGGAGAAAUGUUUUUUAAAAAAAUACCUCACUCUUCUGUAAUGCUUGAAUUUCCCCUGCUGUGCUGUGCCACAUCUGCUGCUACCCUGAGUGGGGGAAAUCAGUCUGUAUCCUACAGCACCAUAUAUGUUUCUAAUAUACAGUUAAAUAAGAAUUCUCCCAACAAGUAAAAUGCAAUAAACCCUUAUUUUUCAAUGAGCUCCAGUAUAUGGCGGCUGUGAAACAUUUACUAGCAAA